UUUAAAGGCUCUUUGUUGCCACUGUAGCUACCUGAGGCCGUUUGGGCAUUAGUGUAGUAAGCUUCUUAGGUUUCUUGUUAAGCAGGGUUGGCCAGUGAACCGCAGGGCAGGUGCAUGAUCCCUUUAGGAAAUUAGUCUUCUUUAAUGAUGUCAUAAUAAACAUGGCAGCUGUCAGAAUUCAAUCAAUUUGUCAUAAAAAGUCUUAGGAUUUGCAGCAACGAGCGUAUUCCUGAUGCUUGCAUACACUGCCCAAAGCACCCCAAACAUAUCAUAUUAUGAUCAUCUAAGUGCUGUCACUGUCCUGUGCUGCUCAGGGAGAAAGAGCUGGUCACAAGCAAAAGGGCUUAGAAACAUUUGACUGUUUUAAAUGUUGCCACAAGACCUGUUUGGUGAUUUUGUAUUUAAUGGAAAUCACCUACAAGCCUCCUACACAAAUGAGAUCUUGGUGCUGUGUAGUGUUGUGUGUAGUGUAGCUGGAGUGUGUGUGGAGGUUCCCCACAAUAAGCCUUAAGCCCAUUGUAAUCUCUGUCACUUGGUAACCAGAGGUUCAGUCAGUGUUGUUCAGAGGAAGGUAAACAUUUAGGACUGGUUUUGAAGCCUCUCACACACAGCGCUGGACAACUGUGUAACAUCCAGAGAGUCUUUUGAAUCUCCUCUCUAGAGACACGCAUAGGAUCACAAAACAAGGCAGCGGCUGAAGGGAAAGCUGAGCCCUGGAGGAUGAAGCCGGUGCGUGAUGCUGGUGCAGAUGCAGAGGAAGAGGCCAGGGCCCGGCGUCAGACUCAGCUGGAGCAGCGCCAUCUAGAGGCGUACAGGAACCUGCACCGGCUCAGAGACGCGCUCUAUCGGCGCUACGCUGCCUUGCUCAAAGACAAGGUGCAGUCACAGAGGUUACGGCUACAGCAGAGGCACGAGGCAGCAGUAAGGAAAACAGAAGGAGACGCUAAGCAGAAACCAAAGAAGUUGUCCUUCUCCAAGCUGCAGCACAAUGACUCAUACCUGAAGUCCCUCCCCCAGACCCGCUAUCACCUGGUCCUCGACCUUCAGACCCAGUUGGCAGAGCAAGGUCAUCUGAAAACCCACCACGACUUGGAGGAAUUUUACAGAUGCAUCAAGUAUAACGACCACCCGUCAGAGCUGCAGAGGAGCCUGCAGGACGUCAGGACAAGCAUGCUGGGAACGAAGACACCGGAAAAAGCUCCCUGCACCGGUGAAGAGAGAGGACACACGGGGGACGUCUCCCAGAGCAGGUUAUUGGAGCAAAGGACUGGUUCUGGAGAGCAGCCAGCAGCCAAUGGCAGGCAGCAGAUCAAUGAAUUUGAACAAAUAUUUCCCAAGGUGAAAGCCCCCACCUUCGCCACCCUGCGGCCGAACUUCAUGGAGAACUUCCGGAGCAGGAUGCCCGAUUUGGUCCCUCCUGAACUUCCUGAGAGGAGCAGGAGAGCGGAGGUUUACGUGGGGCGGCUGAGGCAAAUGCACCAUCUCAGCUUAAUCAACAUGGGCUUCUCCCAAAGACUCCUGGAGCAGGACUCAGACGCGCCGCCGUGCCGGGAGGACGGAGGCGGCGCCCGGGGGCCGGUCAGCAACACGAGGCAGCCACAACACGACACAACAGUGCGGCGCUCUGCAGAAGCGUGCUGCGAGGGCUUUUUUACACCAUGGCAACAGGUGCUUCCACACAUUGACUCCAAACAAAAACAGGGGGGGGGGAUCGUCCAUUCACGCGUAAGUCCUCCCAAACAGCCAAGAAGCGUCCGAAGCCACAGAGGUUCACGUCCCGAUCAGCCGAACGGAGGGACCUCCUCCAGCCAGCGUCAUUUCGAGGCUGUAGCUUUGGCUCCAGCAGCUUGUGGCUGUAAAACACCUGAUCCUCUGUGCAUGGAGGACGUGUGCCAACAAAAGCAUGCGGUGGUAGGAUUAGAGCAGGCUCAGUCUUUGGCAAAGCUGCAUGUUGCUCUCUUAAUAGUCUCUCUUUUGACAUUCUCGUUUUAGGUAAUUGACUGUGGGGUUAAACUAUGGAGAAACUACACAUAAAACACAUGCCUGAAGUCACCGACGCAUCUGUUUGCAGCCAAUACUGUUCGUUCUAGUUCUUUUGAGUGACACUGAAUGAAUGUGUUUUAAAACAUUACAGCAAACUUAAAUUGUG